GGCGCGCUGCCCCGUUCUGUCCUCUCCUUCAUCCCGCCCGCCCCCAGAGAUUUUCCGCGCCUACAACCGCGUCCCGCGCGCCAAAAUCUGGGAAGAAGUAAACCCCAGGGUGCCGCCAAUGCCGCCGAAAACAAAGGCUGGAGCUCGCCGUGCCCUCUUCCUGGACGAGGGAAACUGAGUUGUCUGAGCAAUUGUGCUUUUGGUGGUGCCUAGUGUGUGUAUACAUCAAAAUGGGAGAGUUGUGACACCCGGAGCAAGCGCAAGUAAUUCAUGAUAACGCUGACUUUAUCCAGCCUUGCUACAAUGCCUUCUAAGUCAUGUAUGAACUUUAUAGCUAUAUCUGUGUUACUUAGACUGAAAUAACAUAAUGUGAGCCGUGUUAUAUUGGGAGCAUGGUAGUAGUGUUUUCUGCUAUUUUUCUUUAUUUCGCUUCAUGGAAAUAUUUUGAGUGUCUUUUCAAUCGCAGCAAGCACAUGGGUUAUUAUGAAUAUUAAUAAUGUGUAAGCUUCACUGAGAUGUCAUAGUUGAUCUUGUAAAGCCUGUGUUCUGUGCAUUGCAAGAUGUAGAGGCCGUUGGAGCCAUGCCUUUCAUUAUCCAAAGAUCUAAAAUAAGAUAUUUUUGUAUUUACGGCCAUGGCAAAUGAACCUUCAGAUGCAUUGUACAACCAUCUAUGUAUUCAGCAUUGUGUAUUCAGCAUGUUCUCGUCACCUCUCGAUGUUGGGCUGGCUUGUACUCUGUUUACGUCGAUGAUCAAGUCCACGCUGGUGCACUGGCAAACUGACUAAAAGGAUCAAGAGUUUAAACACCAAGUUUUGAUUUUCAAUAUUUUUUAUAACGAGUUUUAAGGUGAAUUCUGAAUGGUUUCAUAGGGCAAGGUUGAAAGUGAACUCUUCUUCUUCCCUCCCACUCUCGACAUUAGCGCCAAAGACCCUCAUUUCAAAAUCCCACCCCGUCACCGCCGCCUCCAUGGCCAAGAGCCCUAAGGCGGCGGCAGCCACCACUCGGCGACCCACCAGAAAACCCCGCGCCGCCUCCGCCUCCGCCGCUUCCGCGCCCCCCUCCGCGGACAUCGAGGACCUGGCGGUGCCCGCCUCGGCGGCGGCCGCGGUGCGCGCGGGGCUGCUCCCGUGGUACGACGCGCACCGCCGCGACCUGCCGUGGCGGUUCUCCGCGGCGCCCGGGCGGGAGGGUAAAGAGGAGAGGGCGUACGCGGUGUGGGUGUCGGAGGUGAUGCUGCAGCAGACGCGGGUGCCCGUCGUCGUCGACUACUACUCCCGGUGGAUGGCCCGGUGGCCCACCGUCGAGACCCUCGCCGCCGCCACGCAGGAGGAGGUGAACGAGAUGUGGGCCGGGCUCGGGUACUACCGGAGGGCUCGAUUUCUCCUGGAGGGGGCUAAACAGAUUGCUGAAAAGGGGGAGUUCCCUAGCACGGCCUCAACACUUCGUCAGGUUCGUGGCAUUGGGGAUUACACAGCUGGAGCCAUUGCUUCCAUAGCGUUCAAUGAGGUCACUCCACUUGUGGAUGGAAAUGUUGUGCGUGUUCUCAGCAGGCUUUUUGCUAUUGCUGAUAAUCCAAAAGAAUCCUCAACGGUGAAGAGAUUCUGGGAGCUUGCUGGUCAACUGGUUGAUCCUUCAAGGCCAGGAGACUUCAACCAAGCAAUGAUGGAAUUAGGAGCAACACUUUGUAGCAAGACGAAGCCUGGCUGCUCACAGUGCCCUGUCUCUAGCCACUGCCAAGCACUUGAGCUUUCCCGAGAAAAUCCAUCAGUUGGAGUUACAGACUACCCACGAGUGGUACCAAAAUCCAAACCACGGUGUGAUUUCGCAGCGGUUUGUGUUGUUGAGAUCGCACAAUGCUUGGAGCCAGAUAUGGCAGAUCGAAGGGGCAAGGAUAAUCUCUUUCUCAUGGUAAAGAGGCCAGAACAGGGCCUGCUUGCAGGGCUCUGGGAGUUCCCAUCUGUUCUUGUAGAUGAAAGUAAGACUGAUUUGGUAAACCGGAGAAAAGAGAUGGAUACAUAUCUGAAACAGUUGCUUGGCAUAGACCUUAAACGAACAUCCGAUGUGAUCCUCAGGGAGGAUGUUGGUCAGCAUGUUCAUAUUUUCUCCCACAUUCGCCUGACUAUGAACGUUGAGCUGGUGAUUCUCACGGUCAAAGUUGUAGAUGACGUGGGUCGUCUAUGCGAAAAAGGACAAGAUAACGCCGAACUGAAACUCGUCGAUGAAAGUUCAAUUGAUUCCAUGGGCUUGACAUCAGGAAUUCGGAAGGUUUACAACAUGGUGAAGGCUUUCAAGAUGAAAAAGCUCCCGGAGCAGAGCCCAAUGCCCACGAGGAAAAGGAGUAGACGGCAAAAGCAGUAGCAAUGUAGCAAUGUAGCUAAAGCAUUCCGUAUGUAUCUGGAUUGCUGACUCAAAACUGCCAGCAAACUGUUGCAUUGUGGCAAGCUCGCUGGAAGGAAACUAGUAGUGUCGUCCGAAUAUCUGCCACUUCCUGAAACCUUAAUUUAGUGCCUUCUUAAUUCUCCAUUGGUUUACUCGAGUAAAAUUUCCUUGUGUUGGAUCAUGAAA